AGUAAAUAAAAAUAUAUCGCAAUUGCAUAUCGAUCAACCUAAGAGACGGCGGGAAAAACGUAAGAUCCCACCGCCCUCUUGAGGCGGAGCAAAUCAGUAGGUGGUAUCAUCAAAUUGAUAGGAUACGGCCGUCUAAAACCCACAUACCAAACCGAACUCCAACCCCACUACUACAUAUGGCUCUAGACUGUGUCCGUCAGAGUCCAUGACAUUAACAUUGCCUCAAGACGAGAACCUGCGCGGCGCUAUCCUCGCUUACGUCUCCCUCGGCCUAUUACCUAUACCCACGUCCGCGAGAAUUAUUACCUCGGUAGCCGCCCCGGUCGCCAUACGAUCGACGAUCGUGAUGGUCGUGAGCUGCCGGCGGCCGAGCAAACUGUCCGUUGUAACCGCCUUGCGGCGGCGGAGCGUAUCCUCCUCUUCCUCCUCUCCAGUUUCCUCCGUGGCUUCCUCCAUGGUUCCCUCCGUAAUUGCCCCCGUUACUGCCGCCGUACGGGUUCCCGAAGCCGUCCCGCCCGCCGCCGGCGUACGCUGGAGGUGGCGGUGGCGGAUACCCGUUCCCGAACCCGGGAAAUCCCGGUGGCGGCGGUAUCCAUCCCGGAGGUGGAGCUUGGGGAGGCGCCGAGUACGAAUUAUAACCGUUUUGAUGCGGCGGCCGGCCUGACCUAUCUCGCCAAGAAUCCGGCCCGUAGUUGAUCCUCUCCCUUCGGUUUCCGUCGAAACUCUGGCGACCUAGAGGCGCGCCUCCGUGGCUUCGUCCUGAGUUUCUCAUCUUCCCCUUCAAUUCUUCUAUGUCGCUGCGAUUG